UAGGUUGCGGCCGGCCUCGGACUCCGGGGGUGGCGGUGGUGAGGGCGUGGGGAAGGGUGGGGUGUGGGGGCGAGGCGGCGACGAGGGCGGCGACACUCUCCUCCACUCGGCUCCACGGCGUGGGACGGCGCGGACGUGGUUUCGGAGGGAUGUCCGCCUUCUCUGAGGCGGCGCUGGAGAAGAAGCUGUCCGAGUUGAGCAACUCGCAGCAGAGCGUACAGACCCUGUCCCUGUGGCUCAUCCACCAUCGCAAACACUCGCGGCCCAUCGUCACAGUGUGGGAGCGGGAGCUUCGCAAAGCCAAACCCAACAGGAAGCUUACUUUUCUCUACCUGGCCAAUGAUGUCAUUCAGAACAGCAAACGGAAAGGACCAGAGUUCACGAAAGACUUUGCGCCAGUCAUAGUGGAAGCGUUCAAGCAUGUUUCAAGUGAAACUGAUGAAAGUUGUAAGAAGCACCUUGGCAGAGUGCUGUCUAUUUGGGAAGAGCGAUCCGUCUAUGAGGAUGAUGUGUUAGACCAACUUAAGCACGCACUCUAUGGAGAUAAGAAGACCAGGAAGCGGACUUAUGACCAAAUAAAGGUGGAUGAGAAUGAAAAUUGUUCCUCUCUUGGGUCCCCAAGUGAACCACCACAGACUCUAGACCUUGUUAGAGCAUUACAAGAUUUAGAAAAUGCAGCCUCAGGUGAUGCAGCAGUUCAUCAAAGGAUAGCUUCUUUGCCUGUUGAAGUUCAAGAAGUGUCCCUGCUUGAGAAAAUAACAGAUAAAGAAUCUGGAGAAAGACUUUCUAAAAUGGUAGAGGAUGCUUGUAUGUUGCUGGCAGAUUAUAAUGGCAGACUGGCGGCAGAAAUAGAUGAUAGAAAACAGCUCACUCGAAUGUUAGCAGAUUUUCUUCGUUGUCAAAAGGAAGCCCUUGCAGAGAAAGAACAUAAAUUGGAAGAAUAUAAGCGCAAGUUAGCCAGAGUUUCCCUGGUUCGCAAAGAACUCAGAGCCCGGAUCCAGAGCCUGCCAGACUUAUCUCGAUUGCCCAAUGUCACUGGCAGUCAUGUGCACCUGCCCUUUGCUGGGGACAUCUACAGUGAAGAUUGAUGACCAGUCUCUUCCAAAGCCAGGACUUUGCCAGACGUGGAGACAGGUUAGGUGAAUAGUCCUGCAGAGUUAUUUUUGUACGUUUUCAGAGAAUGGUACAAGAAAUGACAAGGAAUUAUAAAAUGGUUUAAAUGUUGGUUUGUUUACUCUUUUAUUAGUGAGUUAACAUGACUUAGUUAAACCAAGUGAUUCUGUGUAUUAAUGAGCCUAAUAGUGCUUAUUUUCAAAAGAUCUUUUGUAAGUUUUGUUUUUUUAAUGUUUUUGAGGCCUUGUGAGAAAUUCCAUGUUUCUGUUUCUUCAUGUAUUUUCAAUUGUUUUUCUUUAUUUUUUUUCAGUAUCUAAUCACUGUACACUACCUAAUUCCUAAGAGAAGAACUGAUCAAGAGCUGAUGUGAGACUGUAUUAUGGUAUUGUUAGGACUUGAUUAUAGAAGAGACUAAAUGUUUCCACCUCACCUUUACCCUUCUUACCACCCAAAUAUUGCUUCUCUGUGUCCUCAUGCCUUUGAAUUUUUUAUUUCCUAGAGGUCAGUAACUUAACCCUAGGCAUGGGUGUCACAUGGAGGGUCAGAUUACAGCCUAUGGAGCGUUUUUCCAUAGCACUGCAGUAACUCCACCCCGAAGGCCAGCCCAGGAUAAAGGCCUGCUCAGUAGACUCCCUUGAUUACACUGUAGAGCUAAGUGCAUUCAGUGCUUUGAGGACGAUUUAAGUUUUGACGUCCUACCAAGAGUACAGCUGACUGCUUCUGUCAGAUCAGUCAUCAUGUGUCAUUGGUCCCUUUAACAGAACACCAGCCGUGGGGAGUAAAGGAAACUUCAGAAAGUGACAUGCUUAUUCCCUCGUCCAUAUAAUGUAAAAUAGCACUUAGCUUAAGUAGCUCAAGAACUCAGUAUCCAUAAUACUCAGUUAAGCAGCCUGAAACAUUUUAUUUCCUUAAAGUUUUUUAAUAACUAUAUAUUUGGGAAUUAAGCGAUGCUACUACAGGGUAGAUCUGGUGAAUUUUAUACUUGUAUGUUUACAGAUGUACAUAUAAAGCCAAUGUACCUUUACUCGGUCCUGGUGUGUUAGAGAGGUGCAUGCUCUCCAGCUUUCUUUUAAGUUACAUUGUGAACCUGCAGGUUUGUAUUUGUUAAUGACAGGGGACUAUUUUUGUCCUUCAUUGCUUUGCAUUUCUCAUUGUAAUCAGAGUCAAACUAGUUAGUUAAUAGAACACCUUUUAAGUUUCACGGGCCAAUUAUAUCUUGCUACUCU